AAAAAUCUUUAUGAGGAUACCAUCUCUAGUUAUAUCAUUUAUUACUAUUAUAAGCUAAUCUUUCAAAUCUUAACAACUUCAAGUAAAUAUAUAUAUUUGCAGUUAUCACAUGAUAAAGAUUGGUUGCCAUAACUAUAUCAAGCCAAUUAAUAGAUUCACUAUAUUUAUUCAAACUCCAUUAAAUAAUGUUCAACUAAAGACAAUCAAUACAAAACAAAUAUACCAUGAAACUUAUUAAAUAUUUCAAAAUUCAAAAUCUUGAAAUUUUACGGUAUGUUUUUUCUAAAAAAAUAUUGUACUUUAGUCAAACUUACACAGUUAAUCCAUGUUUACUCCCACUCUCUUCACCUCUCUGUUACCUAGGGAAUAUUUUUUACCACUUUAUGAGUUGUUUUUUUAUAACCAUUUUUUUUGUUCUCAUUCUCUAAAUACACCCCACCCCCUUGGCCUUUGUUAGUAAAAAAUAGAGUUGGAGGUUAAAAAAUACAGUAUCAAAUUGUCCUUUGUAUACAUAUAUAUUAUAUAUAAACUGAUAAAGAUAGAGAUACCCUAUUUUUCUCAGUUCUGCACAUCCAAAGAUAGACAAAUAGUGGGCCAUUUAUAAUAAUAAAGUGAAUCCAAAAACACCACUACAAAAACCAACACCCCUUUUUUCAGAAAAAAAGUAACAAAUUUCAAGAAGAAAUAGUACUAGUACUAGUACUAGUAGUAGCAUCUCAACCCUUCAAAAUCCCUUACUGAAAUCUUAAGCAAAAAAAAAAACAAAAACUUCAAGGUGCAAUCUUUUUCCUCUCAAAAUCUACAAAACAGCAAAAAACAACCAUGGUAUAAUAUUUCAAGAAUCUCCAAAAAAUGGUAAUGGGGUUGUCCAAGAAACCAUUUUUAUUCAUUUUCUUGGCCAUUCUAGCUAUUUUCAAGGAUCUCCCAAAAAUGGGGUUGUCCAAGAAACCAUUUUUUUGCAUUUUCUCUGUUUAUUUAGUCAUUCUAGCCAUUUUCCAGAAUGUAGCACCAGCUGAAUCUGCAUCUGGAAACACUAAUUUAGUGUACAAAGGUUGUGCAAAACAGGCAUUAUCAGAUCCAUCUGGUGUUUACUCACAAGCCCUUUCAACCCUUUUUGGCACUCUUGUUUCACAAUCUUCAAAAUCCAAGUUUUACAAAACUACAACUGGUACUGGCCAAACUACAAUAACUGGUCUUUUUCAGUGUAGAGGUGACCUCUCUAAUAUUGAUUGUUAUAACUGUGUAAAUGGUUUGCCAAUACUGAUUGACAAGCUCUGUGGCACCCCUGUUGCUGCAAGAAUCCAGCUUUUAGGCUGUUACAUGCUCUAUGAAGUCUCUGGUUUCCCACAAAUCUCAGGAAUGGAGAUGUUGUACAAGACUUGUAGUGGGAAAAAUGCACCAGGGAGUGGAUUUGAGGAGAAGAGGGAUACUGCUUUUUCCACAUUGGAAAAUGGCAUGGCUAGUGCUAAUAAUGGAUUUUACACUUCAAAUUAUGAGUCUGUUUUUGUUUUGGGACAAUGUGAAGGGGAUGUAGGCUCUUCUGAUUGUGGUGAGUGUGUGAAAAGUGCUGUCCAAAGAGCUCAGGUUGAAUGUGGUAGCUCAAUUUCUGGCCAAAUUUUUCUUCAUAAGUGCUUUGUCAGUUAUAAUUAUUAUCCAAAUGGGGCUCCCACAAAAUCAUCAUCAUCAUCAUCAUCAUCUUCUUCAUACUGGUCUCCAUCUCCUUCAGCAGGGACAGGCCAAAACACAGGGAAGACAGUGGCUAUAAUACUAGGAGGAGCAGCAGGAGUUGGUUUUCUAGUCAUUUGCAUGCUCUUUGCAAGGAACCAAAUGAAGAAACAUGAUGAUUAUUGAAGGGAUCAGCUGUGUAUUAUUAUUAUUAUUAUAAAAGGCUGGCAAAAGCUUUUUGUAAGGUGGAUUCUUUCCUUGUUAAGAUUUUCUUCCUAGAAGAAAAAAGAAGAAGGAAAAUUUAUUUUCUUGGAAAUUCCUGAAAAAAGUGAGGGAGUUUGUGAGCUGUAAUUCUUGGAAUUAUUAGGUAAAAAGAGAAAAACAAAAAUACUAUUUUGGGGACAUAAAUUUUUGGAGAAAUGAUGUAACAAUACAUGUUUUUUGUCAACUAAGAAAAUUGGAAAGAGCAUUAUAAUGUUUCUUGGCAUUUUUCUCCUAUGGCCAUGUGCAUGUUGUCUCUUUUCUCUUUGUCUCUGAAUAAUUGUUUCUCCCUUUUUUUCUUCUUCUAAAGUUUUUUACUUUUUAGAAAGUUCUCUCAGUGAGUGCAUUUCCACUUGUAUAAUAUAUACAAUAACAUACUCAGUGUGAUCUUAUAAAAGAGGUCAGGGUAGGGUAGAUGCAUGCAUGCCUUAACCUAUCUCAUAAAAAGGUUAUUCUCGAUAGAUGCUCUCACUUGUAUAAUAUAUGAAUUGAAAAAUAAUUUAUGUUACUUGGUUCAAUAUCCAAGAACAACAUUGUCAUUUGGUGGGCUUCCCUACAAGUUUAUGAAUGUAUAUACAAUAUGCCAUCGCCCCCGAGGCCUAGCUCAAGUGACAAAAGGUGGAGGAUUUGUGGCUUAGGUCGCAGGUUCAAGUCCUCACCAUGCAAAACGAAGCCCAGUAUUUAAGUGGAGAAGGGUAGAGGGGUGGACCCAUUAUCCACCGAGUUUAGAAGGCUGUGAUUGGUCCAAAGGGAAGGUCAUUGACGGAUUUCUCGGUUAUCAAAAAAAAAAAAAUAUGUCAUGCAUAUACAUUUUGAUUAUGAUACCAACAUGAGUUGUGCGCAGUGUAGUGGUGGAACUGCUUCACCCUUAAUCAAAUAUCUCGAGUUCGAGCCUUGAGUAAGAAGAAAAUCAAUGUGGAAUGCCACUCGUGUAACUUAUAUUUUCCUAUUUCUACGAGGAAAGUCAUUUUAUUCAUUUUUAAAGAACUUAUUUUCCAAAGUUUUGAUCAAUCAAAGCAUAUUCUGGAAAAUAUUUUCCUCCGUAUCGAACACACUCUUGAUGUCACUCCCUUUCAAUAUAAGAAUCUUCUUUUUCCCUAAACUGAGCUAUCCUUUUCUUGUUUAUGACUCAUUCAUGUACCUCCCACUCACAUUAUGUGUAUAUAAUAAUAGUACUAUGUAUAUUUCUAAAUUAAUACUCACGUUAAGCACCAUACAAUAGUUCUGAAAGUCUCCUAGUGAUCUAGGGAAUUUAACUAAAAGACUUGUGCUCAGCCACAAGCCAGAAAAUUUUACUUGCUAUCGCCUGCCAGCAUAUUCAUCGCG